AUGUUCAGCUCACCAUCGACUCGAGCGACUCCUCGAAAGGCAGCUUCACGAGCGUCCCUCGCUCGAUCGAGGCAUCAAACACCUUCCAUCUUUGCGGAGUCAGCUUCUCUCUCUCAAGCGCCCACACCUUCUGUCAGAUCAUCUCGUUUGGCAGUGGUCAAGCGAGGUGCAUCACCAGCUUCUUCAGCAGGUGAUACAGUGCGUACGACUAGGCAGGAUGAAGGGUAUGAGAGGGAUAGAGUGUCAUGGAGCAGGGAUGAAAGGCAUUUGGUCUCUAGCCUGGGACCAUUGCCGAAAGAAGUUGCUUCAUUAGUCAAAAGUUCAGACCUGGCCGCCAACCCUAUCGCCGGUCACGUCGACUCGAAGAGUGGAUUCGCUAUGGUAGCAUCACCUUCUGUCUGCAUUGCAUGGAAUUACACCAAGCGCACGCAUUCAGCACCGACAACAUACACAUUUCCCGCUCCUUCAGUCUCGUACUCCACAACGCCUACUCAACCUCCGACUCUCGCAGCCCUUUAUACGGGCUCAGCCUCUUCCGAGCCUGGCAUGAUCUUGGUCUCGACAUCCGGCGAGAUCAGAUUUUGGGAAAGCAUGAGCUUAGCAUUAGCCAAUGUGGAAAGAUUUCAAGAGAUAUACGUCGAAUUAGGUGAAGAUGACUUUAUCGAUAGACUAUGGAAAAUCGAUGGCAAUAACUUCCUGCUUACGACAACUUCCUCUUUUGUCUUUCGGUUGACAAUCUCGUCGUCUGGUGGGAGGGUUGUACCUACCUUGACAAACUUGACUCGACCGGGAGGUAUGUUUGGUCGAGCUUCCGCUCAGAUUUUCAUCGCUAGGGAAGAUAAAGUUGGUAUAUCAUCGGUCGCAAGUACUUCAGGAGAUGUGUACGUUAUGGCUCGAAGGAUGUUGCAAAAGUGGGCAUUCAGCCCUGAUGGCCAGAAACUCGUUCAAGAAUACGAUCUGCAUGAGAUGAUAGGGAAUUGGUGCUUCGACAACUGGUCAAGUGGAAAUGUGUCACUGGAGCUCAAUGAUCUUGUUUCGUUUGGCUCCGAUGAACUUGCUGUACUCAUCUCUUACGUCGAGCAGCAAACGGGGACUUCAGAGUAUCCCAGAUUACACAAUUCUCAUGCCAUAGUGAUGUUUUCAAUCCAGCCUCGAUCUCAAUCACUCAUGAUAUCGAGAGUUGUCAAUGUUUCCUACCUUGCCCAUUCCGAUCCAAGGAUGCUUGAUGUACCUCGUUUGCUAGUACCUCCUGGCAGUUCGAUGGCAUUCAUCCGCUUUGCAGAAGUUGUUUUGAUGGUAUCUCUAGACGAAGGCUCUCCAUACGAGGAAGCGAUAACUCUCAAAGACUCCGGUCGAAAUGCCUUCGUCGGUGCUGGUAGCAUCAUAUCAUCAUCCGCUAAGAAGGGAAGCAGUCUUCCCUCAAUCGUAGCUAUACCUGCCUUUGGUGGGUUGAUGUCUAUUGAGGCUCUCGAGGGUAGCGAAAGGUCAGAGACUUUCACACAAACAUCUUCCGCUACUGCUCGGUUGAAGUCAAAAAUGGAACAGGCUGUGUUCUUUGGCGAGAGGAGUGAUAAUCCUCUGUCAUUUGAUCUUCCGGCCGGCUUUCAGGGUGAUUUGGCAGAGGCGGCUGAGACUGUAUCAGCAGAGAUCGUAUCGUCCAAUUCACCAUAUAUGCCUGGAAUCUUCGAAAUUCGUCCUCAUCUUAGCGAUAGACUUCUGAGACUGAAAGAACUGAUGAAUUUCAUCCGUCAUAAUGGUUUGUUGAACAUUCUGCCGCAAAGCACUCGUCGCCGAUUGUCCGGGGACGCGGAGAAGAUCAAAGGAGCGAUCGAGCUGUGGGAUUACCAGAAUAAGCAUAUGGAGCAUAUGCACACCCAAUCCCCGCAGUCUCUUUUAUCAGACUCGAUCUUUACGUAUAUGCGUCAAGCGGACGUGGUAGAAGAGGAAGAUUUCGUUAGAUUGUUUUUUCGAACACAGGUGCAAAAUCUUGACAAAUUGCUUGAGAUUGUAUCUGCGACUGCUCGAGCAGCUUUGGAUGCGGUCGAUAGGAAUGAGCUGUCUUCAUGGGUUACCGAGGCAAACAGAAUUUUCAUUAUCGUGGAAAGAGCUGCCGCUCAGUAUCGAGAAGAGGAGCUUUACACAUACGAGAUCGAUCGAGAGCGACCGGCAAUCGAGAUUUGGACAGCCCAGGAAUCACUCAUCGAGUCAUUGGACUUCCUUUACACCACCACAGAGGCUUUGAUCAAAGAGAGAACUCGUGAUCUGGGAUCAGUCAUAGAUGAACCUCCUUCAGAUACGGCGGAACCUGCUUUGAGGAGAGAACAACACCUGCAAUCGAGGUUGAAAGGGCAGAUGGCCAUACUCGCAGCUGCCCUGUGCACAAAUAUGGAGGACAAGUGUCGUACGACUUCUAGAAGGGAAAUAGAUGAGGGAGCGGAUCCGCAAGAAGGUAUACGCUUAAGAGAGAAAUGGGCAGAAAUGAAACCUAGAGUGAUCAGGCCGUUAGUGAGCAUCGACCGCUUGUCGGAAGCAUAUGAGUUGGCCGAAAACCACACGGACUACCUCACGCUGGUGAUACUAUGUCAUGAGCAGGCGAAUUCUGAUACUGCUAGAUUACAAAGAUAUAUCGAAAGGUUUGGCGACGAAUUUGCCUUUGUACUUUAUCAGUGGUAUAUCGAUCAAGGUCAAGCAUAUGAAUUGCUCAAUCAGGACGAAGUCUAUGGCGUCCUCGUAACCCGGUUCUUUGCCGAAAAUGAUUAUCCGGAACUUGCGUGGAUGCAUCAUCUUGCUUUUCAGCGGUACGACCAAGCCGCUGGUGCAUUGAGGGAUGUGAUGAGGGAUGAUAACACAAGAGCAUUAAAUCAGCAACAGCUGGUGGGAAGUAUCGCCAAACUGGCUGCCAUUGCAGAUGUCAGAUCUAAAGGUAUAUCCCAUGAUAGGAAGCGAUUACUUAUUGAACUGGAUGACGAGCUUGACCUGGUCAACGUGCAGUCCGGUCUGAUCUCAUAUUUCUCACCGCCGACCCGUCGUGCUGCUCCUAAAUUAGAUGAACAAGUGACCCUAUUGGCAGACAGACCGGCUUUCAAAAGGAUAUUCUUCGACUUGACACAGCAGCUCCUGGAUGGUCUAGCGCUGGAUCUUGAAGGGCUAGUUGAUGUCCUAACAUUGAAAGAUAACUUCGAGAGGACGGGAGAUGCAGCAGUAGCCUUGGAACGUUUAGUUGGCGACAUGACUUUACCAGAAGGUAGGAAACAGGUAGCUUUGUUAUCGAUAUGGAGAAGAGUAUAUAUACGAGACGACUGGGCCACCAUUUCCAAUACCACCGGACGAAGUGAGCAAGCUCAGCGGUCGAAAGUACGAAGUACAUUGGCAUAUCAGACGAUAAGAGCAGUGAAUGACAUCAAAGACUUCCCACCUAAUUUUAUCCUAUCUCCAUUCACUUCGUCACAACCGCCUUUACCCGCGGAGCUGGCUGCGCGAUUCCCAAACUUCUCAGCGGAGGAUAUAGCGUCUUUGAUGGAAGACCACGAAAAGGAGAUUGAGAUCCUCAAUAGGUAUCUAGGAGAGAAUGGCUUAGAAGAGAGAAUAAGGGAAGUGGCGGAGUUGGUCAAGAACGAUUUGGAGGAAGAAAAAAGGGAAGAAGGUGAUGUUGAUAUCGUCAUGUAA